GGCCGCGAGGAGGAGGAGCGUGCAGCCUCGGGUGGCUCCGCGCGGCGGGGGCCAGUACUACUUCCCCGAGUAGUACCGCGCCGCUCCGCCCCGGAGUGACGCCCUCCGCCCAUGGGCCUGGCCGAGGGCAACCGGCGGGCGGCGCGGAGGAGGCGGCGGCGGCAGGUGGCGCGCAGCAGGGCCGGAGCCGGGCCGGGCCAUGGCCGCCUCGGAGCGGCUGUACGAGCUGUGGCUGCUCUACUACGCUCAGAAGGACCUGGGCUACUUGCAGCAGUGGCUAAAGGCCUUUGUGGGUGCCUUCGAGAAAAGCAUCUCCCUGUCCUCUCUGGAGCCACGCAGCGACCGUCCUCCCUGCAGACCAGAUGAGGCGGGCGCAGAGGUGCCGCUGCUGCCACCAGACGCACUGCAUGUACUGGCAGAGCAGCUGGACGAGGGGGACCUGGAGCAAGCCCUGGUGCUGCUUAAGCUCUUCAUCAUUCUCUGCAGGAACCCAGAGAACGUGGAGGCGGGCUGGGGCCAGGUGUUGGUGCCCCGGGUGCUGGCUUUGCUGAGGAAGCUGUCAACCAAGCUGAAAGGAGCCCCAGGAUCACAGGAGGGCCAGGGGCCGCAGCUGGAGAGCGUGGCCCUGCACGCCCUGCUCCUCUGCGAGGGCCUCUUUGACCCCUACCAGACCUGGCGGCGCCAGCACAGUGGGGAAGUCAUCAGUUCCAGGGAGAAGAGCAAAUACAAGUUCCCUCCAGCCGUUUUGCCCAGUGAAUUCGGAGCCUUCUUCCAAGAGAGCCUGCAGGAUGCAGAUGGCUUGCCUCCCAUGCUGCUGUUGCGUCUCGUCCAUCUCUUUGGUGCUGUCCUUGCGGGAGGGAAGGAGAACGGGCAGAUGGCUGUGAGCGCUGGCUCUGUGCAGGGCCUGUUGGGUGUGAUACGGGGCUGGGACCAUGGGCCAGCCCAGGACCCCCGCCUAGUGCCCCUGGCGCUGGAGGCACUCGUGGGGGCAGUACAUGUCCUGCAUGCCAGCCGCACACCCCCUCGUGGGCCAGAGCUCCGCACCCUGCUUGAGGGCUACUUCCGCAUCCUUAAUGCCGACUGGCCAGCGGGCCCAAGCCCAGGCCCUGAAGAGGCCCUUGUCACCCUACGGGUCAGCAUGCUCGAUGCCAUCCCCAGGAUGCUGGUAUGUGAGGACCGGCCGGUGCUACAGGCCACCUUCCUCAGCAACAAUUGCUUCGAACACCUGACUCGCCUCAUCCAGAACAGCAAGCUGUACCUGCAGGCCCGGGCGCCCCCUGAGGGGGACAGUGACCUGGCUACCCGGUUACUGACCGAGCCCGAUGUCCAGAAGGUAUUGGACCAGGACACAGAUGCCAUUGCAGUGCAUGUGGUCAGGGUACUGACCUGCAUCAUGAGCGGCUCCCCCUCAGCCAAGGAGGUGUUUAAAGAGCGCAUUGGCUUCCCUCACCUGCACGAGGUUCUGCAGAGCCACGGUCCCCCCACGCACCGGCUGCUACAGGAGCUACUCAACAUGGCUGUGGAGGGUGACCACAGCAUAUGUCCACCGCCACCAAUCCUCAACGAGCAGCCGGUACUGAUGCUGAUGCAGUGGCUGCCAGCACUGCCCACGGCAGAGCUGCGGCUCUUCCUCGCACAACGCCUUCGGUGGCUCUGUGACAGCUGCCCUGCCAGCCGAGCCACGUGCGUGCAGGCAGGCCUGGUGGGCCACCUGCUGGAGACACUCGGCGCGGGGGCAGCCUUGGGGGCCCACUGCCAGGAGCAGCUGUUGGCAUUGCUGCAAGCCCUGGGCCGCAUGUCUCUACGGCCCCUGGAGCUGCGCUGCCUGCUACGCCCCCCCGCAGGACUGGACUCCGGGCCGGCUGGGGCCGAGGCCGGGAAUGCCAGACACGCUGGUGCCAUCAUUCGUGCGUUAUCGGGCAUGGCCCGGCACCAGGGCCCUGCGCGCGCCCUUCACUACUUCGACCUGACGCCCAGCAUGGCGGGUAUCAUGGUGCCCCCCGUGCAGCGAUGGCCGGGACCCGGCUUCACCUUCCAUGCCUGGCUCUGUCUGCACCCCGUGGCUGCAGCACCUGCCCCAGCCCCGUCCCGGCCACUCCAGCGAAAGCAGCUGUACAGCUUCUUCACCAGCAGCGGCUCGGGGUUUGAGGCCUUCUUCACAGCAGCCGGGACCCUCGUGGUGGCCGUGUGUACCCGGAAGGAGUACUUGACCAUGAGCUUGUCUGAAGUGUCCUUUGCCGACUCUGCCUGGCACUGUGUGGCCAUCGUCCAUGUGCCUGGGCGCCGGCCCUUCAGCCAAAACCUGGUCCACGUCUACAAAGAUGGCCAGCUGGUCCAGACGGCGCCCCUUCGCUGCCCCUCUCUCAGUGAGCCUUUCUCCUCCUGCUGCAUCGGCUCCGCUGGGCACCGCACAACGACCACCACCACGGGGCCACCCACGCCACCGGUCCCUGCUGCCCUGGCUCAUGCACAUCCCUCCUUUUCCCGCUCCCAGUCAGUCCCAGCCACUGCAGGGCUUGGCUGGGGGUCUGGACUGGUGGCCCCCCUGCAGGAGGGCACCAUCAGCUCCACCCUUGCAGGCACACAGGACACUCGGUGGGGCAGCCCCACAUCCCUGGAGGGGGAGCUAGGGACCAUAGUCAUCUUUCAUGAAGCGCUGCCGCCAGCAGCCCUGCGGGCCCUGUUCACCUUGGGGCCCAAUGAGGUGGCACCCUUCAAGCCCGAGAGUGAGCUGCAUGAGCUUAGCACCAAGCUGCUCCUCCAUUACUCACCUCAGGCCUGUAGGAAUAACAUCUGCCUGGACCUGUCCCCUGGCCAUGGGCUGGAUGGCCGCCUGACGGGCCACAGGGUGGAGACCUGGGACGUGAAGGACGUGGUGACUUGUGUGGGAGGCAUGGCUGCCCUGUUGCCCCUGCUGGAGCGAGUGGCCUCACAGCCCCAAGAGGCCGAGGCAGGUCCAGCCGAGACACAUGACCUUGUGGGGCCUGAACUGACCUCUGGCCACAAUACCCAGGGCCUGCUUCUCCCACUGGGCAAGUCCUCAGAAGUGCGCAUGGAGAGGAAUGCCGUGGCUGCCUUUCUGUUGAUGCUGCGGAACUUCCUGCAGGGCCAUGCUGUGAACCAGGAGAGCCUGGUGCAGUGCCAGGGGCCUGCCAUCAUUGGGGCCCUCCUGCGUAAGGUUCCCAGCUGGGCCAUGGACAUGAACGUGCUCAUGUCUGCCCAGCUGCUGAUGGAGCAGGUGGCAGCAGAGGGCAGUGGGCCCCUCCUGUACCUGCUCUACCAGCAUUUGCUCUUCAACUUCCACCUCUGGAGCCCCAGUGACUUUGCCGUGCGCCUUGGCCACAUCCAGUAUAUGUCUAGCAUAGUCCGGGAGCACAGACAGAAGCUGCGGAAGAAGUAUGGGGUUCAGUUCAUCCUGGAUGCGCUGCGCACCCACUACAGCCCACAGCGGGAGCACCCCCUAGCGGCUGACGAUGUGCACACCGUGCAGACCUCACUCCUUGGCCUGGUGCGGGAGUUGCUGGUUCGGAGCUCUGCCACUGAUGACAUGCAGGUUGUGCUUAGCUUUCUGGUGGCUGCAGGUGAUGAUGGCCAGGUGGUGGGUGCUCUGGACCUGCUACUGGCACUGCUGCAGGGUUCACCAGCACAGGAGUCUCUGGCCAUCUUCCUGUUGGAGCAAGGGAACCUGGAGGUCUUGCUGGCUCUGCUAGUGCAGCCGAGGUCACUGCCGCUGCUGCCCGACCGAGUCUGCAAGAUCCUGCGCAAACUGCAGCAGAAUGAGCGCUUACCUGAGCGGAGCCGUCAGCGGCUUCGGCUGCGAGAGUACAGUCUCCAGGGUCUCAUUGCCUGCCUGCCAGAGGGGGCUGCCUCCCCCCAGCUCUGCCAGGGCCUCUACAAGCUGUUCCUGGGGGCAGAUUGCGUGAACCUCUCUGAUCUCUUGGCCGUGGUGCAGCUAUCCCUCCAAGCUGACCUCAGCGUCCGCCUGGACGUUUGUCGCCAGCUCUUCCACCUCAUCUAUGGACAGCCAGACAUAGUGCGGCUGCUGGCUCGACAGGCUGGCUGGCAGGAUGUGCUGACCCGGCUGUACGUCCUGGAGGCCACCACAGUUGCCAGUCCCCUGCCCUUCUCCCCAGAUCCAGCCCUAUGCAAGCCACCCACCGAGUCACCUGAGACUUCGGAUGUCUUCUUGCCCUCAGAGACCCCCAGCCCCGACCCUGACACCUUUUACCAUGCUCUCUCCCCGUUUUGUAUACCCUUUGACCUGGGCCUGGAACGGGCCAGCGUGGGUUCAUGCAACACUGCCAGCGGAGGUGGUGGCAGCGGCAGUGGGACUCUUACUCCGGCCAGCCAGCCUGGCACACCGUCCCCGCUGGACGGGCCCCGGCCCUUCCCUGUUGCCCAUGGCCGCCAUAGCUCCAGUCUCUCCAAUGUGCUGGAGGAUGGCAGCCUCCCGGAGCCCACCACCAGCGGGGAUGAUGCCUCAAAUGCCAGCAACCCUCAGCAAACCUCUGAGGAGGAAUUGUGCAACCUGCUCACCAACGUGCUGUUCUCGGUGACAUGGCGUGGUGUGGAAGGCAGUGAUGAGGCCGCCUGGCGGGAGCGCGGCCAGGUGUUCUCAGUGCUCACCCAGCUGGGGGCCUCUGCUACGCUUGUGCGGCCACCAGACUGCAUCAAGCGCAGCCUCCUGGAGAUGAUGCUUGAAUCAGCCCUGACUGACAUCAAAGAGGCCCCUGUUGGGGUCCUGGCCAGCCUCACCCAGCAGGCGCUUUGGCUGCUGCGCCUGCUGCAGGACUUCCUGUGCGCAGAGGGCCAUGGUAACCAGGAGCUGUGGAGUGAGAAGCUCUUUGAAGGAGUGUGCAGCCUGCUUGACCGCCUGGGAGCCUGGCCUCACCUGGCCAAUGGCACAGCGGAUCUCCGAGAGAUGGCACAGAUUGGCCUGCGCCUAGUGCUUGGCUACAUCCUGCUGGAGGACCCACAGCUGCACGCCCAGGCCUAUGUGAAGCUGCACUCACUGCUGCAGACCACGGUGCCCAUGCGGCGGGAAGAGGCCUGCUAUGUGCUGUCUAAGCUGGAAGCGGCCCUGGCACGGGCGCUGAACACCUCCCCCUCAAAAAUGACCACCGAGGACAAGGAGUCCCCAAGUGCAGCUGCUGCUGCCACUGAACGCUGCUCGUGGCUGGUACCUCUGGUGCGGACGCUGCUGGACCGUGCCUAUGGGCCGCUGGGGCUCCAGUGGGGACUGCCUUCCCUGCCACCCACCAACGGUAGCCCCACCUUCUUUGAGGACUUCCAGGCCUUUUGUGCCACACCUGAAUGGCGCCACUUCAUCGACAAGCAGGUACAACCCACCAUGUCGCAGUUCGAGAUGGACACGUAUGCGAAGAGCCACGACCUCAUGUCGGGCUUCUGGAACGCCUGCUAUGACACGCUCAUGAGUAGUGGACAGCGGCGCCAGCGGGAGCGGACACAGGGCCGCCGGGCCUUCCAGGAGCUGGUGCUGGAACCCGCGCAGAGGCGGGUGCGCCUGGAAGGGCUGCGCUACGGGGCCGCGGUGAAGCAGCAGGCAGCGCAGCAGUCCACUGCCCUGCUGCACUGGGGGGCGCUGUGGCGGCAGCUCUCCAGCCCCUGUGGGGCCUGGGCCCUGAGGGACCCACCUGUUCCGCGCUGGAAGCUGUCCAGCGCCGAGACGUACUCGCGCAUGCGUCUGAAGCUAGUGCCCAACCACCACUUCAACCCGCACCUGGAAGCCAGCGCUCUGCGGGACAACCUGGGUGAGGGCCCCCUGACACCUACAGAGGAGGCCUCGCUGCCUCUAGCAGUGACCAAGGAGGCCAAAGUCAGCACUCUACCCGAGGAGCUGCAGGAAGACCAGCUGAGCGAGGAAGAGCUGGCUGCACUGGAGAAAGCGAUGCAGGCAGUGGAACUGGACGAGCAACAUGAGAAGCUGGUGCUUUCAGCCGAGUGUCAGCUGGUCACGGUGGUGGCUGUGAUCCCAGGGCUGCUGGAGAUCACCACGCAGCACGUGUACUUCUAUGAUGGCAGCGCCGAGCGUGUGGAAACGGAGGAGGGCAUUGGCCACGACUUCCGGCGCCCGCUCACGCAGCUGCGAGAGGUCCACCUGCGCCGCUUCAACCUGCGCCGCUCAGCACUCGAGCUCUUCUUCAUUGAUCAAGCCAACUACUUCCUCAACUUCCCGUGCAAGGUGGGCGGGGCCAUAGCCUCGUCUCCUUGCCAGGCACCCAGGCCCCAACCCUACCCCAUCCCACCCCACACCCAGGUACGGAACCAGAUGUAUUCGUUGCUCCUGCGCCUACGACCCCCGGCCCAAGGCUACCUAAGCAGCCGCUCCCCCCAGGAGAUGCUGCGUGCCUCCGGCCUCACCCAGAAAUGGGUACAGCGUGAGAUUUCCAACUUCGAGUACUUGAUGCAACUCAACACCAUUGCGGGGCGGACCUACAAUGACCUGUCUCAGUACCCUGUGUUCCCCUGGGUCCUGCAGGACUACGUGUCCCCAACUUUGGACCUCAGCAACCCGGCCGUCUUCCGCGACCUGUCCAAGCCCAUCGGUGUGGUGAAUCCCAAGCACGCCCAACUCGUGAGGGAGAAGUACGAGAGCUUCGAGGACCCAGCGGGCACCAUUGACAAGUUCCACUAUGGCACCCACUAUUCCAACGCCGCAGGCGUGAUGCACUACCUCAUCCGCGUGGAACCCUUCACCUCCCUGCAUGUCCAGCUGCAGAGUGGCCGCUUUGACUGCUCCGACCGGCAGUUUCACUCAGUGGCAGCAGCCUGGCAGGCCCGCCUGGAGAGCCCUGCUGAUGUGAAGGAGCUCAUCCCAGAGUUCUUCUACUUCCCCGACUUCCUGGAAAACCAGAACGGCUUCGACCUGGGCUGCCUCCAGCUGACCAAUGAGAAGGUGGGCGACGUGGUGCUGCCUCCGUGGGCCAGCUCUCCUGAGGACUUCAUCCAGCAGCACCGCCAGGCUCUGGAGUCAGAAUAUGUGUCUGCCCACCUGCAUGAGUGGAUUGAUCUCAUCUUUGGCUACAAGCAGCGGGGGCCAGCCGCGGAAGAAGCCCUCAACGUCUUCUAUUACUGCACCUAUGAAGGGGCCGUGGACCUGGACCACGUGGUGGAUGAACGGGAACGGAAGGCUCUGGAGGGCAUCAUCAGUAAUUUCGGGCAGACUCCCUGUCAGCUGCUAAAAGAGCCACAUCCAGCUCGGUUGUCAGCCGAGGAAGCAGCCCAACGCCUUGCACGUCUGGACACUAACUCGCCUAGCAUCUUCCAACACCUGGACCAGCUCAAGGCCUUCUUUGCAGAGGUCAUCAGUGACGGCGUGCCCCUGGUGCUGGCCAUGGUCCCCCACCGGCAGUCCCACUCUUUCACCAUCCAGGGCUCCUCAGAUCUGUUGGUGACUGUGAGUGCCAGUGGGCUGCUGGGCGUCCACAACUGGUUGCCCUAUGACCGUAACAUAAACAACUACUUCAGCUUCAACAAAGACCCCACCAUAGGCAACCCCAAGAUGCAACGACUGCUGAGUGGCCCGUGGGUGCCGGACAGUGGCGUGAGUGGGCAAGCCCUGGCAGUGGCCCCCGACGCAAAGCUGCUGUUCAGUGGCGGCCACUGGGAUGGCAGCCUGCGAGUGACUGCACUGCCCCGGGGCAAGCUGUUGAAGCAACUCAACCGUCACCUUGACGUGGUGACCUGCCUUGCACUGGACACCUGUGGCAUCUACCUCAUCUCAGGCUCCCGGGACACCACGUGCAUGGUGUGGCGGCUCCUGCAGGAGGGUGGCCUCUCUGUGGGACUGGCGUCAAAGCCCGUGCAGGUCCUCUAUGGGCAUGAGGCUGCAGUAAGCUGUGUGGCCAUCAACACUGAACUCGACAUGGCUGUAUCGGGAUCUGAGGAUGGAACUGUGAUCAUCCACACUGUACGCCGUGGCCAAUUUGUGGCAGCACUACGGCCCCCGGGGGCCACAUUACCCGGACCCGUGUUCCAUCUGGCGCUGGGGUCUGAGGGCCAUAUUGUGGUACAGAGCUCGGCGCGGGAGCGUGUGGGGGCUCAGGUCACCUACUCCUUGCACCUGUACUCCGUGAAUGGGAAGUUACGGGCUUCACUGCCCCUGGUAGAGCAGCCCACAGCCCUGGCGGUGACAGAGGACUUUGUUCUGCUGGGCACAGCCCAGUGUGCCCUGCACAUCCUCCACCUGAACAAACUGCUCCCGGCGGCGCCCCCCCUUCCCAUGAAGGUGCCCAUCCGCAGCGUGGCUGUGACCAAGGAGCGCAGCCACGUGCUCGUGGGCCUGGAGGACGGCAAGCUGAUUGUCGUGGGCGCGGGGCAGCCCUCUGAGGCGCGCAGCAGCCAGUUCGCGCGGAAGCUGUGGCGGUCCUCCAGGCGCAUCUCGCAGGUGUCCUCGGGGGAGACGGAGUACAACCCGGCAGAGGCGCGCUGACAGCUGCCCCGCCCACUGCGCAGGCCCCGCCCCGGGAGCCGGCGGGAGUCGGGGGAGCCGCCCGCGAGGCGGCCGCGCGGCGCGGCUCCGGGGGUGGGCGGGACCCCACCCCCGCCCAGCUCAGGGAUUGGCGGGCGGCUCGCUCCCGGAAGUCCCGCCCCUCGCCGGCAGAGGGGCCGCCCGGAGUCCGGCACCGGCCGGAGCGGCCGCACAGCACUUUUUGCACAGUGCGGGGCGGGAGCCCAGGCUCCCAAACCCCGCGUCCCGGCGGAGCCCGGGGGCCGGGCUGUGGCCUUAAUCUCUAAAGGCGGCCCCCGCUCCCCCGCUCUCGGCAAUAAACCUGGCCUAGUUUUGUA